AUGACCUACUUGACACUAACCCGCGGAAUUUCCACGCGGUUAUUGAAAGGGGCAGCCCUUCAACCCAACCGUGCUUCAUUCCGGAAGAUGUCCAUCGAUAAUUCGACCUGUCCACCAAUUAAUAUCAGAAGAUGUUCAUGUACCAGUGAAGGAUUUUCUCCGAAAAAAUCAAUUACAUCGCCGAUCUGGGACCGUCGGCCUUCGAAAAUACUUGAUGAGAACCAUCUACCGAAGCAACUUCUUGUACAACAUCACCACGAGGAUGGCGCAUUUCUUCGAAAUAUUUCAGCGACGGAACUUGUACUUGAAGUCGAUGAAACAGCUGGUACUCAACAAAUCGGUGCUCCAUCUGCAUUACCGGAAUCUCGAGUUCUAGUCCUCUACACUGGUGGAACGAUUGGAAUGAAAACUACAGAUGGAGUAUACUGCCCAGUUCCUGGAUAUCUCCCUGAAGUUCUCCGCGACAUUCCACCAUUGAAUGAUCGUCGGUACAUCGAAGAAAGCUACUCGAAUGUGGCUGUUCGUCCCUAUUCAUUGCCACCAGUCCGGCACAUGAAAAAACGCGUUGUCUAUUGGAUUGUGGAAUAUGAACCACUUCUCGAUUCUUGUGACAUGACAUUUGACGACUGGAUUCGUAUAGCCACUGACAUCAAAAAAGCCUAUCACAAAUACGACGGAUUUGUUGUUCUUCACGGAACAGACACCCUCGCUUACACUGCAAGUGCACUAUCAUUCAUGAUGGAAAACCUUGGAAAGCCGGUUAUUAUCACAGGAAGUCAGAUUCCAGUCGCAGAAGUUCGAUCCGAUGGUAUGGAGAAUCUGAUUGGAGCAUUGAUCACUGCUGGUAACUUUGACAUUCCGGAAGUCUGUGUUUAUUUCAAUAACAAACUGAUGCGUGGAAAUCGAACAGUCAAACUGGAUAAUUCAGCACUUGAAGCAUUCGAUAGUCCGAAUAUGUCACCAUUGGCACAAAUGGCUAUAAAUAUCAAAGUUAACUACGAUUCAAUCUUCCGAAGUGAUAUGGUUGCCGCAUUCACAGUUCAUGAAAACCUUUGCCGUGAUGUUGGAAUGCUUCGAAUCUUCCCAUCAAUGACCAUUGAAUCAGUUCGCGCCUUCCUUCAACCACCAACCAGAGGUGUCAUUCUUCAAACUUUUGGAUCAGGAAACAUGCCAACACGACGACAAGACAUUAUUUUGGCACUCAAGGAUGCUAUAGCGCGCGGUGUGAUGGUCGUUAACUGUUCCCAAUGUCUGAAAGGACAGGUCGAUGUGAACUACGCCACAGGCAAGAUUCUAUAUGACAUCGGAGUCAUUCCGGGAUCCGAUAUGACGUCAGAAGCAGCUAUGGCCAAAUUGUGUUAUGUAUUGGGAAAAGACGAGUGGGAUCUGCCAAUGAAGAGGAGUAUGCUUCAAGCAAACCUUCGUGGAGAGAUGACUGUUGCAACUAAAGGAGCUAUGCGAGAGCUUGAUAUCAUUCCACACAUUGCCAAAUGCCUGCGGGUUUCAUCUUCUCAAGAAGUUCAACUUCUCCGUGAUAUCAUCCUCCCACCAAUGUUCUGUAAUGCUGCCAAAACGAAUGAUGUUGAGAUUCUGAAAUCUUUGAAAGCAGCUGGAGUGAAUUUCUCUGCCACUGACUACAAUCUCCGAACUGCUCUUCACGUUGCUGCUUCGAAUGGAAACAUCGAAUCGGUUAAUUAUUUGCUCAAAAUAGGAACCAAUGUGCAUAUUAAAGAUAUGUUCGGCUACAACGCUCUUGUAUGUGCAGUGAAAGCGAAAGCGAUGGAUUGUGUCGUGGCGAUUCGAGGAGCUGGUGGUUUCAUAGAUGCCUCGUCUCAGAAAAUCGGCGUUGAACUUUGUUUGGCUGUGUACCAGAAUGACAUCGAACUUCUGAAGUGCAACGAAGCAGCCGGAACUCACAUGGGCGAGAAAGAUUACGAUAAUCGCACGGCGUUACAUGUGGCUGCGUCUCUCAACAAACCAGAAAUUGUCACUUAUCUUCUCCAAUGUGGUCUGAACCCGUACGAGAAAGAUGACUUCGGAAUCACACCAAUUGACGAAGCCCGGCGACGAAAUUUGCAGAGUAUUGUGGAUUUAAUGGAAAACAACUACCACCCAGCGCCCGAAAACGGAGAUGGAGUGUUUCAUAUGGAAUGA